UCUCUCUCUCACACACACACUCCUCUCUCUCUCUCACACACACACAUCUCUCUCUCUUUCUCUCUCACGAUCACAGUCAAGGAGGAGACCCAGUGCUGUUGCAUGGAAAUGGACAGCGAGAUGGAAAGUGGUCAGAAGAGACGAGUCAACAGCAAAGAUGAUCUGAUAACUGAUGUUGGUUCAGGGAGCCUAGGUUGCUGUGGCUGGCUCAUUGUGAUCCUCUCUGGUCUGUUCGUCUUCUCCCUGUUCCCCUUCACCAUCUGGUUCUGUAUAAAGAUAGUUCAGGAGUAUGAACGUGCUGUCAUCUUCAGGCUGGGCCGUAUUACAGACCGGAAGGCUAAGGGACCAGGUAUCUUUUUCGUUCUGCCAUGCACAGACUCCUUCGUGAAAGUGGACCUGAGAACCGUGUCAUUCGACAUCCCUCCACAGGAGAUCCUGACUAAGGACUCUGUGACAGUGUGUGUUGAUGGGGUGGUCUACUUCCGGGUGAGCGACCCCAUCUCCUCGGUGGCCAAAGUGUCCAACGCAGACUUCUCCACCCGUCUCCUGGCCCAGACCACCCUGAGGAACGUCCUGGGAACCAAGAACUUGGCGGAGCUGUUAUCAGACCGCGAGGGCAUCUCACACAGUAUGCAGGCCAGUCUGGACGAGGCCACUGACCCGUGGGGUAUCAAGGUGGAGCGUGUGGAGAUUAAGGACGUGAAGCUGCCUCACCAGCUGCAGAGAGCCAUGGCUGCAGAGGCAGAGGCCACUCGGGAGGCCAGGGCGAAGGUGAUAGCAGCCGAGGGGGAGAUGAACGCCUCUCGGGCCCUGAAGGAGGCGUCUCUAGUGAUCUCAGAGUCUCCGUCGGGUCUCCAGCUGCGCUACCUGCAGACCCUCACCACCAUUGCUGCCGAGAAGAACUCCACCAUCAUCUUCCCUCUGCCCAUGGACGUCAUCAGUCACUUCAUGAAGAAGUGAUGUCAUCAAAACUCGCCACACACACCGCUCCUGUCUAACAUUCAAUCAGUUGGUUUAGUUGAUUCGGGUGAUUUGAAGAAGAAAACAAAAAAACGUUUCAUUUAUUUUUUUUGUGAGGAUUGUUUCAGAUUUCAGGAUUAGACCCGGUAACCUUUUAGGGGAUGUAUUUCUAGUGUGUUAAAAAAUAUAAACAAAUAUGUUUGAAAUACACUGUUAUAUUGAUAAUUUAUUGGAUAUUAUAAACUGUGUGGUUCAAGCCCUGAAUGCUGAUUGGCUGACAGCCAUGGUAUAUCAGACCGUAUAUCACGGGUAUGACAAAAUAUACAUUUUACU